AAAGCCAUGAAUGGCUCAGCAGCUAAACUACAGCAGUAUUAUUGUUGGCCAACAGGAGGUGCCACUGUGGCUGAAGCACGAGUCUACAGGGAUGCCCGCGGCCGUGCCAGCAGCGAGCCACACAUCAAGCGACCAAUGAAUGCAUUCAUGGUUUGGGCGAAGGAUGAGAGGAGGAAAAUCCUUCAGGCCUUCCCUGACAUGCACAACUCCAACAUUAGCAAAAUCUUAGGAUCUCGCUGGAAAUCCAUGUCCAACCAGGAGAAGCAACCCUAUUACGAAGAGCAGGCCCGGCUAAGCAAGAUCCACUUAGAGAAGUACCCAAACUACAAAUACAAGCCCCGACCGAAACGCACCUGCAUUGUUGAUGGCAAAAAGCUCCGGAUUGGGGAGUAUAAGCAACUGAUGAGGUCUCGGAGACAGGAGAUGAGGCAGUUCUUUACCGUGGGGCAGCAGCCACAGAUUCCAAUCACCACAGGAACAGGUGUUGUGUAUCCCGGUGCUAUCACUAUGGCAACUACCACACCAUCGCCUCAGAUGACAUCUGACUGCUCUAGCACCUCCGCCAGCCCGGAGCCCAGCCUCCCGGUCAUCCAGAGCACUUAUGGCAUGAAGACAGACGGCGGAAGCCUAGCUGGAAACGAAAUGAUUAACGGAGAGGAUGAAAUGGAAAUGUAUGACGACUAUGAAGAUGACCCCAAAUCAGACUAUAGCAGUGAAAAUGAAGCCCCGGAGGCUGUCAGUGCCAACUGAGGAGUUUUCGUUUGCUGAAUUAAAAUGCUCUGACAUUUCACCCCCCUCCCCAACAAAAAGUUCUUAAAGAGCCCGCAUGCAUUUGUGGCUCCACAAUUACAUCAGCAGAAUGGUCUUAAUUGUUUCGUAAAGUGUGAGACAGAUUAAGUUUUCCCUGAUUUUUCAUGAACUUGAGUUUUUUGUCGUUAUUGUUAUUGUUGUUGUUGUUUUUUUAAUUUAGGUGAAGACAUAUUAAAUAUGAGACACCAGGACUUGAAAACUUAUCUCAACCCGUAGAUGUCUUACAAGUCUUCUAUUUUUGUCUUACUUUUUUUUCCUUUUGGAUGUUGAUAAAGGUUUAAGUUACUGUUUUAGAUGGGGUUAAACAUUCUCACUCAGGUAUGCUGUGCCGGCCUACAGGUUGUGAAUGUGUUUUUAUUCUGAAUUCUUUUAGAAAACAACUGAGGAUUUCAUAUUGUGAAACAGAACAAGUCCACGGCGUGUGCAGCUGCAUGUAGGAGCGUAUUCAAAAGGCCUCAGAAUUCCAGUUUUCCAUGCGUCGAGUUAAACUUUGAAUGUGCCAAACUUUUUCAUAACUUUUGAAUCUUAAUAUUUUGAAAGUCUUAAAGGAGACACUGCAAAGUCUUAGACAAUCUUUGGCAUCUUAAAAUAAAAUAGCAAACCAACUUUUUUUUUUUUUCCAGAAAAUGGUAAAGUACUCAGGAAUCUGGAGACCAGAUAUUGUAAGGAAUGAACAAGGUUGCCACAGUGCAUGUACCCAAUUGUGUUUGCCUCUUGACGUGCCAUCUGUGCGUGACGUGGCAUGACGCACACACACCAGAAUGAUCACCACACCAGAUACCGACUGGUGGUCUUCUCUGCCUGAGACCACCUCUCACUACAUCCAUUAUCCCUUUGCCUUUAACCCUGACAUUCAGUCUUAACACAUUUUUUCUUAAAUAAUUUAUUCAUUCCAGAAUGUCAAGGGUCCAUUUACUAUUUAUUUUUUAAAAAUUGUUGGUGGCAUUAAUUUAAUAAUUCUUAUUUUACGCCCUCCUUCCCCAAAUAACUUUUCAGCCCUUUUCACCUCCUUCUCCUGCUAGAUACAAAAGAUGUACAUAAUGAUUUUAUGUCCCCAGAGCAUCUGGAAGCAUUUCUGAAACUGCGAUACUAUUAAAUACCUAUAUCAUUGUUUCUAAACAUAAGUGUAUAUCUGGCCACAGGGCUGUGUAUUUGGAUGUAGGGGUAUAGUCUUAAACAGGUAUGCCCCUGAGGUUCACUGUGACCUCAAAUCUUUUGCCAGAAUUUUCCCUUAUUCAGUUCAGCAACAAGUAGUAGGGUCUGCAUCAGUGGCAUUUCCCCUGAAUUCCCUUUAGCAGCAAGGGUCAACAGAGGUUACUGCCAGACAGGAGAGUCCUGCAGCCACACCUGAAGCCCAAGGCUUGUGGGCCAUGUAGGAGUCCCAGUGAAGCUGUCAUGGGCUGGCACCUUUACACUGAGUUGUCUUGUCCUAGCUGGCACAUCCAGGGAAUUCUUUGCAAAAUUCACAGGAUGUAAGAAGCUACAUGACAGCCUCAAAGCAAAGAUAGUGGCAAAUAGUCAUGCUACGUCCAGGGAAUGAAAGAAACCACAGGGAAGGAGAAGAGGGGAAAUACAUUCCCUCUAUGGGACGUCCCUACUGCAAACUCCAGAGAACAGGUAACUCCUAGGGCAAUAGAAGAGAUCCCCUGACUGACUCCCUGUACCUGUGGCUACAUGGAGACCAGCCUACGUGUGAACAAGACGAACUGUGUUUGUCACACAAGGAUCCUCCGGGAGACGUGCUGCUGGGCUGGGAAGCAGUGAGGUUUCAGUCCCCAUCUCCGAACUCAAGGGGGCUUGCCAUGCCAUUCUGACCUUCCUGAAGCCAGGACUGGUUGCCUACAGGGUGGGGCAGUCCACCCAGAGUGGUUUGAUGGGCGAUUAUCAGUGAAUGGGACCGUUCACCUCAUGGGACGACCCAGAAUCUGAUCACCAGGACAUAGGAACGGCCCCAUCAGAUUUCUUGAGCCAUUUUGUCACUUGGAAGAAAAUAGUGUACCUUCCUAUUUAUUUAAGAGUGCUCAAGACCAUGCCUAAUGGCAAUAAGUAGGUCUAGCCAAGAUAUCUCCAGCUAUUCCGCUAGCUGGGAGUACUCUCUAUAAGCUGAUUAAGGUACUGAUAGGAAUGUUUUGUUCUUAAUAUUGGUUGGGGAUUAGAACUUUGUUUUUGUACAUUUAUUUGAAAUGAGGAGGAGGUCAUUUUUCUAAAAAAACAAAUGAGUAUUUAUUAUUCUCUUACUGAUCUCUCUGAGUAUAUACCUCUCCUCAGUUCAGUCUCAUGUUUGUUUCUCUUUCACUCUGGCUUUGGCUCUCUCUCACUCCUUUUUUUAUUUUGUUGCAUAGGUAGGGUGUUGUAUGGCUAGCAUUGUAUUGUAUGUAAUUAAUUUUGCACAAAGGCGAACAUUUAGCAUAGUAGGUUAAUUUUGUUUGUUUUUAUGACCAUGCCAAAAUAAUAUUCUGGGCUGGUGGAGAACAAAGGACUGUUCUUUAGGACUGAAACUUGAUUUUGCUUGUAGUAAGGAGGAAAAAAAAACAAAAAACACACACUCACAGAUGUUGUUUCGUAAGUGUUAUAAGCACUGGAUAUAAAUGGUAUUUUUUAUCACUUCUGACUAAUGUGAAACUGUUGUACGAAAACUACAUGAACAAAAGUCAUCUGUUUCGACUCGUGUGGGCUUGCCUCACAGUUGCCGGAUUUGAGUCAUUUUUAUGUCUUGUUAUUUCAUUUAUUUAUGCAAAAUACACGUGUGUAUGAACGCUUUGUUUUAGCUCCAGCUCUGCCUCAGUUCUGGGGCUCAGUUACUUCUAGCCAUAUUCUUAAAAAUGAAAGGCUAUUCAGGAAUGAUCUUUUAUUGGAUCAAACAGUAACUCCGUAUUCGAAUCUAAAUUUUGCGCAUAAGCAGUUUAUUCUAUUUAUUAGCCAAGUUUGGCUCUAAAUACCCACGAAAAUUAAGAAUGACAAUCGUAGGGAUCACUUCACUUUAUUUUCAGCGGGGCUUAAACAAAGUUUUUAUGACUUUACCAUCUCAUUUUAGAUUUUUCUAACUGUGUAAAUAUAACAUAGAAAUAGAAUUUAUUUGGGGUUCAUGAAUACUUAGUGAGAUAUAAGUUAUGUAUUUCCUUUUUGUUCUCUAUCCAUAUAUGUUGGUCCAAACUCGAAGCUGAUGAGACACUGCCUCGCGGGGACGGUGGCUCCAGGAGAGAGCAGUGCAGGGCCUGCAGCCUGGACAGCGGAUGCCUCACUGGGUUCUCAGGCACUGCGGGGCCCACUGUCCACAGACUCAGACCUUCCCCCGGCUUUUCUUAUCGAAAGUUGCGGAAUUGAACACACUAAAUUUCCAGUACAGCUAGGAGAGAGAGUCAAUUAGCUUUGUGAAUUCACAAAAAUCUUCUGAGAUCAUUCUGUGAUUUAAUAGCAAGAGGAAUAAAUGCUGUUAGAAAGGCAAAAAUCUGCUUCUGAGAUUGGCUAUUAAUAAAACUCCCACCAUGCCAGUUCGAUUAAAGAAUGUUAAGCUAUUUUUUUUCAGUGCUCUCUAUUUCACAGUAUCUUCAAAUCAGAGAUAAAAAUUAUCUCCAUUUUGUUAAAGAACUUACAGGAUCAGGGUUUUCCUUGUCACUUAGAAUAGGGGCACUGGCAGACAAUCCUUUCCUUAAAAAAUGGGCCAUAUGGAAUAGGAAGGAAGAAAGUGUGAGAGAAUGCACAAUCAGUCUGCUGACAUGAGCAGCCAGGCUGGCGUUUCUCUAUUUCAUGUGAGAAAUUUCAGAUGCGAGGCGGUGUCCCAUCCAGGGAGGUGCAGAAGCUGUGUUGUUUCCACACGAAUCCAGCUCCACCUCAGAGGAGCACAUCAGUUUGCUUCAUUUGGUAUUUGAUCUUCUCCAUCCUUGUUCUCAGGCCUGACUCAGUCUGCCAGGGUCCUGACACCAACUCCCAGGCCAUGCUCUAAAUUCAGGUGCGUGCUCACAGGGCUAUUGACUUGUCAGAUUCUGGCCUCCCCUGAACAUUUGCCUCAUGGGAGCCUGGGUGUGUGUGAAAAGGGUGUGAUCACUCAAGGGUUGGAAUUAAAAGGCCGCUGCUUCUUGGGAGCACACCCUCCUGAGCAGGGCAGCAGGCUCCAGCUGAAAGCAGGGAUUGUUCUGGGAAGCCCAUUCACUUUCUGUAGCCUAGUCGCUUGAACAUCACAACUGAGGCUGCUUCUCUCAGUUUAUGCAUUUGCAGAGAGUUGACCUCUCCCAACCCAUUAGGGAGCGGAGAAAGAAUCACUAAGUGAUUUUCAAUCAUAUGAGAAGUCCCCUACCAAGUGCCAACAACUGCAGACAAAUGCAGCUAGAGGAAUGUAUCGAAAUUAUUGCUGGGUCUUCCUUUUUAAUGAAAAUGACAAAGAUGGUCGCUGUAGCCUCUCCUGAUUUUGUACAUGCUUGUUAAGGACCGAGUUGGCACUUAAGCUCACUUCUCAAAGUAUAAUAAUGACAUUGUGUGACCUCAUUUGCCCUCUCACAAAAGAACCUGCAUCAUUUCCUUAAGUCCUCUGCCCCUGGCCAUGUUUUCUUCCUUAAUAAACAGCAUCUAUCUGUUAUUUCUGCCGACGAUGUUCUGUUUCCGAUGCCAUAUCCUAUUGAGAGUGCCCCGUGCUCAUGUCACUGAAAUACUGAUAUGCAAACACACUUCCUCUUCCUUUGCCUUGCAUCUUUUCCUCUGGGGACGGACCGCUUUCCAAAAGCUCAUGAACAAGUAUUGGUAAUGCUGGUACCUUUGGGGCAGAGGUAGGGGGCGGGCAGGGUAGGGACAGAAAGGUCAUGCCUCGCACAGAUAUCCGGUGUCCACGGCAGUAUGAAAGCUCGACGGCAACUCAGUGACAUAUCUCGUUCCGUAGUAUCUUAUUCCUGACAAACCACAAGCAUCAAGUGAGGCCUCAGUGCUGGUGCUCAUGGAGCAUGGGGAAUGUGCAAAUAUUUAACUGUUUUGUGUGCUGCACAUUGCAGGUUUGCUCAUGUGCAUUCUCCGUUUGUCUUCCUUCGUCUCAUGUGUUUUUGCUUUUUUGGAAGUGCAGUCUCUAUUGUACCCUUCUCCAGCUUGUAGCAAAUUAGAAUGCUUAGUGUUUAUGUUCAUUCAUUAUUGUAUUUGCCAUGUAAAAUUUUUAUUACCUUAGACAAGCUUAUAAGCUGUUACUACAUAACUUAUCUUACUGUAACUCUUUUAUUUCCCCAACGUUGUAAUUUGUUUGUGAUGUAUAUUGUGAGAUUGUAUUCUAUGUUAAUUUAAUCAGCACAAUUCACUGACAUGCUGGACUGACAUGCUGGCUGCUGUUUCAAAGUGUAAAGUUUGUGUUUAAAGACCCGCUGUUGGGACAACUGCAACCCUGUUGUCAAGGUACUGUGCUUUGGUUCCUAUAGCAACACUGUGGGUGUGACCCUGGAGACCCCAAGGGCAUUUCACACACCCUGGAGCAAAUUUUAACUGCAGAUUUUCUUUGUAGAAAUUCUAUGUAUAAUGCAGGUACCUACUUGGCCCAUGGCUGGUAACUAUUUGGGCAAUUAGAAAAAAAAAAAAACAUAAAAACUAGUGUCUAUUGCUGCUUUGAAUAUGUUUGAAAGUCUGAAAAUGUAAAUAGUUUAUCAAAAAAAAAUCUUGUACAGUCCAGUGUAAAGUUUUUAAAUGACCUUAAGGGUUGCCAUCACAUCUUUCUCACACUCUCCUCUUGAUAAUAAUAAUUAAAAAAAAGUUUGCUAAGGAUUAAAGAAAUGGGAAAAAUAAAAAAAGAAUCUCUUGGAAUUUAAAGGAAUGAAUCAUUGUUCUUAGCUUUGUUGCAUACACAAACUUCUUGGAUUUUGUUGUGCAGUAUUGACGUGAGAUCAAGCUCAACAUUGAAUAAUCCUUCAGUGGUACUUCAAGUCUUCCCCUCCUCUGCCUCAUAAUUAAGGGAAAAGACAAAAUUGAAAGACACACUGUCUUUAUUAUCCUGGUGUAUGUUGGCACCUUAGCUACUUUUUUUUUUCCUUUUUGCACAAGGUGCUUUCCUGAUAUGUUAAACAUGCCAUCUUUGGGUGAUGAUGUAUAUGCCAUGACGGGGCUGCGGCCCCUCAGGGGAGUGUCUAUAAGAACUGCUUAUUUAUGCUCAUUUACCUCAAGACUGUCCUCUCUACCCUAAUCUAGUUGUCAUCACUCCAUCUUUUGUACUGCUGUUGACACUUACAAAUUAAAGAUAAAUUUUGUUUUAUGA